AUGUAUACGGCGGAGGAGAUACAAAUCCGUCCGCCCCAGUUUCCCGAUACCAACACGAUGUAUCGCUGGGCGUCGUGGGCCCGCGCCCUCGUGAUUGACUUCUAUGGCUACAUCGCGAACCACCAUCUAGCGGUGCAGUUCCACCAUCCCCCGGCUGAGUUCGACAUCCAACCCGUUCUCGUCCGGCUUUCGAUGUCGAUGUACCACCUCUCCGGAAAUGACCGUGUCCCAGCCUCCCUCCGACCCCUCCUUGCCAAUCUGGAGGCCGACCUUCGCCGCCCAGCACAGAUCCAUCCCAGUGGGCCAUCUGCAAUUGCUGCCCCCUUUACGCGCCCCAAGGCCAAUAUACCGUGGUCCGUGGAAAGCACGCUCUUUGACGACGGGCCGCCUGAGGAUUGGCAAGGGCCCGUGAUGACGAUCAAUGGUGAGGAUCAAUACGAGUUUGAAUCCAUCACUGGCCAUGAUGUUAUGGUGGAUGGCACCACCCACUACUGGGUCAAAUGGGCGGGUUGGCCGCACCCGUUCCUCGAGCCAGCGGCAAACUUCGCAAGCUCUCCUGCGGAGGCUGCGUAUUGGGCCAGAGUACGGGCCCCCUUCUAA